AUGUUACUCUUGAAUCAGUGCUGCGCCAGUCAACCAAGUUAUUUGCAGCUCCGGAAAUACGAGACGAAAAUGGCUUCCUUUCGACUGCUGAUCGCAUCUUUAGUGUUUGUAUUAUCUCCCACUUGGUGCUACGUCAUAACAUUUGAAGAUUCCAUCGAAGGACGGGCCCCCAAUGUCAGCACGGUGGUCUUUGAGCUUUUCACACAGUUUAAUCCUACGAAGCCACAAAUUCUUGAACUUGACAACUUGGAAAGGCUUCAGUUGUCUUUUUUUGACCCAUUGGUGCCAACUAAGAUCUUUGCUCAUGGCUGGAAUUCCGGCCCACUUUCAGCCUAUUCAAGCAGAGACGCCUACAUAUACCGCGAGGAUUGUAAUUUCAUCGCAGUAGAUUGGUCGGUUUUGGCGUCCGGUAUUGAGUAUCCUCUCAUUGUAGAACGCGAUGUUCCACUGGCUGCGGUUCAUGUAGGACAAUUCAUAGAUUUCCUCGUCGAGAAUACAGGCACGUCUUUUGGCAACUUUCACUUGAUGGGUCACAGUUUAGGAGCUCAUGUCGUAGGCGGUGCUGGGGCGGCAGUCACUCUAGGAAGAAUUCCUCGCAUUACUGGUUUGGAUCCGGCCGGACCUUUUUUCUCCCUCAAUGACACCGAUACGCGAUUGGACUUAACCGACGGCGAUUUUGUUGACGUCAUUCACACGAAUGGUGGAACAUUACUUGGUGAUGAACUGGGUUUCUUACCACCAAUGGGACAUAUUGACUUCUACCCUAACGGUGGUCAGUUCCAGCCAGGCUGCACAGCGAAUAGCAUAGAAUUGACGGGCCAGGGAAGAGGCGGUUGUGAUCACGGACGUUCUGUUACUUACUUUGCCGAGUCCAUCAACAGUCAAGUUGGUUUCCGCGCCGUCGAGUGCGCAACGCAGGAGGAUUUCAAUGCCGGACUUUGUGCGGAUAACGAGGCCGUCCUUAUGGGGGACCCUACACCAUCCACGGCUCGAGGCAUCUAUUAUCUCGCAACAAGUGACAAAACUCCAUACGCUUUAGGAUAACAGCUAUAUUCUAUCCAUUUCAAAAUGUAAUCUUCUAUAAAAAUGACGCACUUAUAACAAAAGUGUUGACGAUAUGUUCUAGUCAACAAAUAAACUAGUUUGAACUCC